UCAAUCCAGCAUGCGAUUGAAGAAGACGGGAUUCUUUCAUCUGAACGCGGCGAUGCCAAGCUGGCAGCUGUGUUCGACAUGGACCAAACGGACGUGUACAUUGACAUGGCCGGCAACACAACGAUCGACUUCGUUGGAAAUGCGACGAUGGACGUGCAGCAAGGUCCGGGGGGUCCGGUAUCUCACCAAAUAUGGAGCCCGGUGUUUGGCUCCCCCGGGGCUGAACAUACCGUCCAGAAGAAGGCUUUUUGCAACGAGGCCGUCAUGAUGGAGUGGAUCGAGCGUGUA